UUUGCAGUGCUUCUGCUCAGAUUACAAGACAAGCCCAUGAUAUCACCCGCUAUGAGCUGAGGCUAAAGGGGCUGGGUCUUGGGAGGGGUUUGCUUGGCUAACUCUAGUGAAAUUUGCCAGGAAGCAGCAGCUUCUUGCAGCAUAUUUCUCUGGCUGCAGGAUAUUUUCCAGCGCAGAGGGGACCACUCAGGCGGCACGCGUAGCCCAGAAGAAAGAGCUUCAUGAAGCACGCCGGGACAGGGGUCCCCUCCAGCACAGCCUACCACUAACCCCAAGGACAGCCACACAGCACCUACCUGCACUGAUCGGCAGCUGCUAGCAGAGGAUUUGGCUCUGAGAACUGUGAGCACUGAAAAUGGAAAGAUUCCUGGGUUUUAACUAUAACCACUGUUUCUUCAUGCUGUUCUUCAUCUCCCUGAGCCCGCUGGGCCUUGCCCAGUACGAAUACUGGCCCUACCUCCCCGGUUACCCCGAGCCACCCCCCCAAGUCUACCAGCCCCCCCAGAGGCCAGCAAACGUCCCCAAAAUCCAGCUGCGGCUGGCGGGGCAGAAGAGGAAACACAACGAAGGCCGAGUGGAGGUGUUUUACAGUGGCGAGUGGGGCACGGUGUGCGACGAUGACUUCUCCAUCCAUGCUGCACACGUGAUCUGCAGGGAGCUGGGCUACGUGGAGGCUGUGUCUUGGCUACCGAGCUCAAAAUACGGGAAAGGAGAAGGGAAAAUUUGGAUGGACAACGUCCACUGUAACGGCAAGGAGACCACCCUGGCAGCGUGCACGUCAAAUGGCUGGGGAGUAACCGACUGCAAACACACCGAGGACGUGGGAGUGGUGUGCAGCGAAAAGAGAAUCCCUGGCUUCAAGUUUGACAACUCGCUGCUUAACCAAAUAGAGAACAUGAACAUCCAGGUGGAAGACAUAAGGAUCCGCGCCAUCCUCGCCACCUACCGCAAGCGGGUGCCCGUCACGGAGGGUUACGUGGAGGUGAAGGACGAGGGGACCUGGAAGCAGAUCUGUGACAAGCACUGGACCAUGAAAAACUCCCGAGUCGUCUGUGGCAUGUUUGGAUUUCCGAGCGAGAGGAAAUACAACGCCAAGGUCUACAAGAUGUUUGCCAGCAGAAGGAAGCAGCAUUACUGGGCUUACUCGAUGGACUGCAGCGGGAACGAGGCUCACAUCUCCAGCUGCAAGCUGGGCAACCACCUCAACGUGGACGCGGAGAAGAACGCGACGUGCGAGAACGGGAUGCCGGCGGUGGUCAGCUGUGUCCCGGGACGUGCCUUUGCCCCCAGCAGCCACAGUGGCUUCCGAAAAGCCUUCAGGCAGGAGCAGCCGCUGGUGCGGCUGAAAGGGGGAGCCAACACCGGCGAAGGACGAGUGGAAGUGCUGAAAAACGGGGAGUGGGGGACGGUUUGCGACGAUAACUGGAACCUGGUGUCGGCCAGCGUGGUGUGCCGCGAGCUGGGCUUCGGGAGCGCCAAGGAAGCGAUAACGGGUGCAAGGCUGGGGCAAGGCAUGGGUCCAAUUCAUCUAAAUGAAAUCGACUGCACGGGCUUUGAGAAAUCCAUCACGGACUGCAAGUUCAACAUGGAGUCACAGGGCUGCAACCACGAAGAGGAUGCUGCUGUGAGGUGCAACGUUCCUGCGAUGGGUUUCCAGAAUCAGCUGCGCCUGAGCGGCGGCCGCAACCCUUACGAGGGCCGGGUGGAGGUGCUGGCGGAGCGCAACGGCACACUCCGGUGGGGCACCGUCUGCAGCGAGAGCUGGGGCACCGUGGAGGCCAUGGUGGUGUGCCGGCAGCUGGGCUUGGGCUUCGCCAGCCAUGCCUUCCAGGAAACCUGGUACUGGCAUGGAGACGUCAGCGCUGACAGCGUGGUCAUGAGCGGGGUCAAGUGCUCGGGGACGGAGAUGUCCCUGGCCCACUGCCGUCACGACGGAGCCGAUGUCUCCUGUCCCAGAGGAGGUGGUCGCUUUGGUGCUGGCGUGUCCUGCUCGGAGACCGCCCCUGACCUGGUGCUUAAUGCUGAGCUGGUGGAGCAGACGGCCUACCUGGAGGACCGCCCGAUGUUCAUGCUGCAGUGCGCGCUGGAGGAGAACUGCCUGGCGAGCUCGGCCGCCAACACCUCGGUCACCUCCGGCUACCGGCGUCUGCUGCGCUUCUCCUCGCAGAUCCACAACAACGGGCAGUCCGACUUCAGGCCCAAGAACGGCCGCCACGCCUGGGUCUGGCACGACUGCCACCGGCACUACCACAGCAUGGAGGUUUUUACCCACUAUGAUCUCCUGAACCUCAACGGGACCAAGGUAGCUGAAGGACACAAGGCCAGUUUCUGUCUGGAAGACACGGAGUGUGAAGCAGAUGUGCAAAAACAGUACGAAUGUGCCAAUUUUGGUGAACAAGGGAUCACAGUCGGAUGCUGGGACGUGUACCGACAUGACAUCGACUGCCAGUGGAUCGAUAUUACUGAUGUCCCGCCGGGCGACUACCUCUUCCAGGUUGUCAUCAACCCAAACUACGAAGUUGCCGAAUCGGAUUACUCGAACAACGUGAUGAAAUGCCGGAGCCGCUACGAUGGGCAGCGCAUCUGGAUGUACAACUGCCACAUAGGUGGCUCCUUCAGUGACGAAACGGAACAGAAGUUUGAUCACUUCAGCGGACUCACAAAUAACAAGGUGUCCACCCGAUAAAACAGCAUUGCCUCCCACCCCACUAUUUAAAGAAGCGAGGCUUCCUGCUUCGGUGAUUUCCCUAACCACUGCACACACAAAAAGAAAAUCAAGCAAACAAUCAAACUCUAAAUUAGCAAGGUAAAUUAUUUCCUAAAGAUGCCUUCCUUCCCAAUUUAGGUGCUUGGACUACCGUGUGUCUCUUGUAAUUCCAAUCCCUACGACUUGAGGUAGUUAGGAGCAGGCUUUUGAACUCUACUGGGCUCCCUAUCUUCACCAUCCCAACCUACUCCAUCAAGACUUCUCCCUCCACUUUGCAGAGCCACCUUUAUUCAUAGACGUAGGUCCAGGCUGCAGCGAGCACAGUUUGCCUUUGUUUGGGUUCCAACAACCUAAAUCUGUCUUUACCGUUCGUUUUCUUGGUAUUUUUAAGCUCUUUGACUCAAGCUUGAACGCACCAUUGAUGCAAACGUCUCCGUUUGUGACGCUGCCUCUUGAACGCAGCUAAUCCUCAGUACUGCCGUGUGUUUACUCCAUUUUAGCAAGGAAAUGCGGGAAAGAAAGAAAAAAAUGAAGCAGCUUUUUUCUGAGCAGAACAGUCUAAAGCAUAAUUUAAUACUGCAGCGAAACUCUUGUGUUCAACAAUCAACUCCCAGCACAAUCUCUUAAAAGGAGCAGCUAAUGCAGAACUGUUUUCUACAAGUGCAUCAGAGCUCCACGAAGCUACACCGCCACUGAAACACCUCGAAGACUUGGCAGAUCUCCUGAUGAUGAGUCCACUGGAUUGUGAAUUUCCAUUACACAGUAAGCUAUUCACCCCAUCGAUUCUACGUAUACCUAAAUAGUACCUUUUAAGCUGGAUAUUCACUCCAUCUCUUCUGCAAAAGAUGAAUUUAGUUAAGGCAUUUUUAUCAUCACUGUACGUUACAGAGGUAAUUUCAUGGCUUUUCAUCAUCGGGGAUCUGGACCUAUGCUGUCACAGACCGCCUGUGUAAGUUGCCUUUAAAAGGAUUUUUACACUUGGUAAAUUCAUAAUGGUGCUAAGAGUGUUCCUCUGUUUGUUUGAGGACACGUUGCUACAGCUUUUCAGACACAGCUACUUGAAUAAAAAUGUUUUACCCAGAAAAAAUGUUUUUUCUUCCUAAAUCCUAUUUGUGUAUUUCUACUCCAGGAAAGUUUAGGGCCUUGUUCACAAUUCCUAGUACUGCAGUUUUUUUAUUCCUCUGUGUUUGUACAGAAGACUUCUACAAGCAGCUAAAAUUAACUGAAUAAUCAUAACUGACCAUUUUGGUCCAUGGGGGGGUUGAAAACAUCUGUAUCUGUCUUGUGCUCUCCACAGCCUACCUCACAGGGAUGUUGUGAGGCUUAAAGUAUGCAGAAGUCUUUUGCGAAUGCCUGUCAGAAUAUUUCUGUCAUUUAUCCAGUGACCCAGAUGGUGACAUCUAGCAAAGGUUUUUAGCCUACUGUAAGUUGGAAAGCUCCAUUUUGUUCUCAAGAUCCAGGACUGUGUAGCUAAAGCAGAGUCUGAGCUGUGUUGGAUGCUCUAUUGCUGCUGCUGCUGCCACAGCAAGGUGUCUCACAGUAUCCCUCAACACCAGGCUCUGUGCAAAUCAAGCAACUGUCACGUUCUGGUUUUCUUUUCCUAAUCAGCGGAUAACAACUUUGCUUGCUAACAGUGCAACAAAGCAAGUCAGGCUCUUCUAAACAAUGUAAGUAGGAAAAAAAAAACCACCCGAAACUCACUUGCAUUCAAUGCUUGUCAGUAUUGUGGGAUAUUUUAACAAUAACAUUACAACAAAGUAAACAUUGAACAGAUUUUUUUUGACUCCUGCAGAUGCUCUGCUCUGUUACAGCUGAAUUUUGGCCAACAAGAUACAAUUCGCUCACUCUGGUGCACUCUAAAAAUUAAUAAGGUAGGCUUUUCUCUUAGCAGCCUUAAUUUUUCUGCAAGUGCCCCCAGUGAGUGACAGAUGCUUUGAAACAGAGUAGGGCAGGAUGUGAAGAGCUAACUGCAAACCCCACUGGGCCUGGCUCUUGAGCUCAACAUCUCAUUAAGAGUAAACUUUUUCCCUUCCCAACUUCAUAAAGAAAAAACCGGUGCUAAAUCCAUAAGAGAACAUCCCUGUGGUAACUCACUGUUCUGCAUGCAGUUUAAUAUCACAGCUGUGCUCAUCUACACAUCUUUUUUUUAAGCUGAGAUGGUUUAUUCCUCCUGGUCCAAGCUUUCCGGCAGGAGCUCUUCGGUGCCUGAGACGCACUGCUGCUGCUUGUGCUUCAGUCCCAAAGCCCGGGUCACCAGCCUCCUCGCCACAGCCGUAUCAGUUUGGGGUCUCUCUUUUGCAGCCUGAAGGAGUUCUAGGUAAAAAGGGGUGAAAAGGAUUCAGUUGGAGCUUGUUCAGUCUCGUGGCUACACUGUUUGACUGUGAGACAGAAGGGCUGAUUUCUAUUUUCUUAGAUCCUUUACAGAAUUAGCCCGGGAGUAUGAGCAAAUCAUCGUACCCCUGCAGAGCAUUUUGCCUUUUCUUUUAGAAAGAUGUGCCGCCAGAUUUUGUACUUAAGAUUUUUCAGGUAAGAUGCAAUAACACCAAUUCAAAAGAUAUUUAGAUAUGAUGAAACUCCAGGCCACUUCUGCAGUGGUAGAGAGAUUUGUUUCCCAUUAGCUUUCAGGAACAGCUUCAUAACUCCUGGCAAAAUUCAGCCAGUCCCAUCUCUGAGAACAAAAUGAAGGCACACGGUCUGACCAACUUAUCCACAGAGAGAAAAGUCUGAUCGCAAUUGCAACUAAUCAAAGACAACAACCUAAAUCCUCAGAAAGCAGCAAUGGAAAAAUAUCUGCAUUUUUUUUUUAAAAAAUAGCUAAAUGUAUCAGAUGCUUUUGGAAAGCCCUUUGGCGAGGAGCAACCAAGAACCUCCAGUUUCUGGUAAACAUCUGGCUUGCUACAGUUUCAUCUUACAAGAAAGCAAUAUACCAAAACUUUACCAAGUCCAAAAUAGUCUGCAUUUGGCAAUUAUCUAAUCAUUUAUCAGCAAGUGUUUGCAAAUUUAUUAUCCAGUUAGCAAUGUGGGCUUUGCUUGCUUUUUCAGAUUUUUUAUUAAUAAAGGCAGCCCAUCAGCAGCUUAAAGAAAAAGGGUCAGGCUCAGAGCAUCCACAGCUUGGAAAAUAAAACUGCCGAUCUUUUCUCAAAAACAGCUCUUUAAAAAAAAAAGAGACACUGUCAGCUAAUUAAGAAAAUUUGGAAGAAAUUGCUAUUGAAACUGAAUACAAAGUUCCCCAGAAGGAGUUUAUAACCUGAUUCAGAAGCAUGCCAAUAGGCUACAGCAAAGAGAAUCAGGCAGCGAGUGUGAAUGAAAACAGAUGAAGUGGAGAGCGUGAAAGCAAAUCCAAUUCUUUGACAUUUCAUUCAAAUCUAGCAGUCUUAAAAACUACAAAAUCUAGCAGUCUUAAGAACUCAGGAACUUCUAACUGUGACAGUGUCCCUUUAAAUCAUUCAUACUGAAAUCUGUUUCAACUGCAAUGUACUGGAGCACUAACAGUAUAGUUGUAUGUUCAGCAAAGUCUCUACUGCUACAAGAUUCAUGGCAUUUCUUUACUGUGGCAAGUAUAACUGAUUACAAUAUGAUUUUAAAAGGCAAUAAAACAAAUAAAACAAUGUUAAUGGCUAA